AUGAAGUUGCCUCAAGCUUACCCAAUGUUGCAAUAUUUCAACUCUAUACUGCUUGUGUUUCUCCUUCCGCCUCGCGACCUCUUCGCCCGUGGCCCUCAAGGGUGUUCUUGCGCCCUGCGAAUACAGGGCGGUCCCGGUGUUCUGUUGGGAGCCUCCGCGUCUCGCGGGCCACGGAUAUAUGCGGGUCGCGUUCGUGGUUUAAGAAAGUUGGUCGCCGGCGGGAUCUAUCACGCCACCGGCGUCGGGGUGCCCCGGGUAACCGGCAGGCGACGGGGACACGGGCGGGAUAAAUCGCCCGUGUCCUUGCUUCUCCUUCUGCUCAGGCCGCGCGGGGUAGAGCCGCAUGGGGUACCGGGCCGGGCCAAAGGGGCCUGUGGGCCUGAGGGGCACCGGGACCCUCGGCGACCCGCUCAACCCCGCGCGACCAUGGGGGCAUCGCAGCUACUUCCCGGAACAUGCGGGGCUUCCUUCAGCGACCGGGGAGGGCGGUCAAGUCGCAACUCCCGGCUUAGCUCGGGAGCGGUGGCCGCCUCCUGUGAAUCUUCUCCUGUCUGCAUCAGUGGCCGCUUCGGGGAGCGCGGCGAAUGCGGGGCUUCCGUCGGCAGCCGGGUAAAGGUCUUCGUUGGGUGUGUGGAUGUCCUAAUAUGCUUCGGGUUGCUAGUGGAAUCGAUAAACGUCCCAUUUGCAACCGGGAAUGGGUCCUCUUCGUCGGCGAAAAUAAGUUGCGCCGAGUGGGGUUCUCCAGUCGCCUUGUUAGCUUCAUUGAGGGGGGGGGGGGGGGGGGGGGGGCACACACCCCCCUUCCCGCGCGCGGCACAGACCCACCGGGUAGUUAUAAAUAUACACUGGCUCAGAUACGUCCCUCACCUCCUUGGGGAUUUCCUUGCUGAUACUGUUUCGUGUAAUGACUCCAAAAUAAGGAUACAACCUCCUGUUCUCUGA